UUCAGAGCUAAGGUGAGUGGACAAAGGUCCCUAGACUUCAUUCCACGGGCGAGAAACACCACUUCACAAACCCCCUCCAAUGGCCGUGACGGGGGUUCCAUUGCUGUGAGGUCAAUUGGAGUUUAGGUACUACCCAUUGUUUAUUGAGCACCCGUCCCUCGAGUGUCGUAGCUCGGAACGAGCACGUUUGUAAUUUCCAGCAGAGGCUCGGAAAGUCCUCAAUGGUUCGAACAUGGCAGACCUCCCCAAUGCUCCCAGAGCCCCGCGGCGCACGCGAGCUGGUGGUCGAGCGGGUGAGCGCGCUUCGGUCAUGACGGUGGCUCGACAGGCAGCACGCGCCGCUUUCACCACAGAGCGACUACGGUCCUCUCCCAUAGCCCAUGCUGCCAUUCCAAGGUGUCUUCUAGGCCUCGGUCCUCGCCUUUCGCUACCUCUUGCAACGCUCAACACAUACCAUUCACCCACAAUGUAUAGAGCCUCACUCCGCCCAGCUGCAGUGCAGCGGCGAGUGCUUGGUGAGUUGGAUCCUAACAGGGACCUUAACGCUCCUCGUGGCCGGACAAAGCGGGCUCCCAUCACCUUUGAGCAGGAGAACGAGGCCGCCGUCCUUACCGGAGUUCGGCUUGGAAUAUACGACGCCAAUGAAGUUAUUUCGUGGACUAACUAUCAAUCCCCUGCCGUUGCAGCUUCCGUUGGAGAUGUCCAUGACUCGGACGACGAAGACUUGGCACAGCUUCCCGACAGUGACUUCCAGAGCGGGGAAAGCAGCGAUGCCGACAUUGAGGCGGGGUACGAUCAGGCUGACGAUGAGCUACUCGGCGAGGUUAUGGAAGAGGACCUGGGCGAAGCACACGAGCACGAUGAGCGGGCCGGCUCCGAAGAGCAGCAACAGGGGCCGCCGUUCGAUCCAGCGGCGAUAGGCUUGAAGGAGAUCAACAACCUAGCCCACUUUGGUGUCAGCAGCCACAAACCCGGAAACGGUGUAGAAGAGCUGCUCAGCGAUGACCUGAACAAGUACUGGCAGUCGGAUGGGCAGCAGCCCCAUCUGCUUACAAUACAUUUCCUGCGUCGGGUUGAGAUCCGCGCCAUACGAUUUUAUGUCGACUACAAGCAGGAUGAGUCAUACACGCCGACUCACAUCGUUUUCUAUGCUGGAACAGGUCACCACGAUUUGAUCCAGUUUGCCGAGGUACCGCUCGCCAACCCUGUCGGCUGGCAGGAUGUUCCCAUCGCGGAGUGCGGCGGAGGCCCGGAUGGGCACUCCUUGUGCUGCUGGAUCGUGCAGAUGCAUGUCAAGGAGAACCACCAAAACGGCAAGGACACACACAUUCGUGGUAUCAAGAUUUUUGCCCUCGACGAGAAUUCUGCAGGGGGGGCCGUUGGCGACGCCGUCCACGAGAUGGAAAUCAACAUUGACCACGCGGCAGAUCGAUUUACCAUCCAGAAUUUGGCUAUGGACGAGGAUGAGCCUUUUCGAGAACUGCUUGACUCGCUGGGCGGCAAUAAUCCCAGCAUGCGAUAUCAAGCCAGCGAGGGUGGAUUUUCCUUCUUUCCCGACUUCAUGCGCGACCCGGAAAUCCGAUGAAAAUUGGAGGCUGCUCUGUUUUAUUUGGCGGUGCAUUACACAAAGCCUACGGCAUUGCUGUGGACAAGGUUCGGUGGUUGGCAUUUUGUAAGCAUUCUAGGUCUCAGAAAGGGACAAUGGGCUAUGAACUAGGCUUCACGGCGUUGAUGUCCAUCUCAUUAUGCUGUAUAUUUAUGGUGGUCCGGCCAGCAAGCCGCAUCUUUUUGCGUCUCGUAGCUGGAAAUACCAGGCGGGAAGCCUGCGAUUUCAGUCCGGUGUUAACGUUGAGCAACGAGUCUAUGGAUAGGCCAAGUCUAGGUAGAUACUUGGUAGCAUUAUUAAACUGGAUGGGAAUAUAU